AUCAAAUUUCAGAGGAGAAUGCUGGCGAUUUGUUAUAAAUGUGUGUGUUUAGUAGAGAUGUGAUAGAGCCAGGCCGAGUCUGCUGAUGCUAUCCCGCUACUGUUGUUACAGGAAUCACCACAAGACAAGACAACUCCAACAAGAAGUUUGGGAUAUUUCUUUCGUGUUCUUUAUUAACCAAAUUUAUUCUUUCCGCUAUUAUAAGUCAUUCGUGUGUCAGUAAAGAAGCGGAGGACUGAGCCAUGAAGAAGCUUGUCUUUUUCUUACUUAUUUUCGUUGUUGUUCUUUGGGAAACUGAAGGACAGUUGGUAACUGGGGGGAAGCCUUUGGUGUCGGGAGGACUGCCAGUGGGUAAUGAAGAAGAGAUUGUGACCGCAAAACCUUUAGAGGAUGAAGAAGUUUCCGAGAGUGAAGAUGUGUCAGUGACUGAAGCUCGACCGUCUCAUGAUGCAGAUGCAGGUAACUCAACAUCGGAAGGGGAACGUCUUGCUGCGUCGCCAACUAAGAGAACGUGUAAAGUGAGUUGUGAUAAAAUUCUGGCGUACAAGAAACUACAAAGAGUAAAGUGCAAGUGGGGAACGUGUAUAAGAUACAGUACCAAAUACAGGAGAAUUCCUUCGAUCUGUAUCAGAUGUUGUAAAGGAUGGACUGGCGUGCCUGGAAGGUGCAGAGACAUAAAUGAAUGUACAUGGAGGGACCGAUGCGGUACAAACGGUAGAUGCAAUAACACACUAGGAUCUUACAAAUGUGUCUGUAACCGAGGAUAUCGUUGGGACGGAAGAACCUGUGUUGACAUCAACGAGUGUGCAAUGAUACGUUUAAUGCAUCAUUACAAGUGUUACAACACACCAGGUUCUUUUUAUAUUGACUGCAUGGAAGGAUUCCAAAUGAUCAAGGAAAAAUGUAUAGACAUCAACGAGUGUGCAACGAUACGUUUAAUGCCUCAUUACAAGUGUUACAACACACCAGGUUCUUUUUAUAUUGACUGCAUGGAAGGAUUCCAAAAGAUCAAGGAAAAGUGUAUAGGCAUUGGCACCAUCUGAAAGCUAAACCAUUAGCGAGUCAAAAUAAAUAAAAUUCUCCUCAACCGCAGCCGUCAUGGAUUCUAAACAACAGCCAUAACAACAAAUCUAUCGACUAUUACGAUCCAUUAUAUAACGCAUUAUAUAAUGUCCUCCUAGAUACACAUAGUCAAAAUCCUCACUACCUGGUAAUAAAACAACAAAUACCGACUCAUACAGGACAUUGGAAACUUAAUCACCGGUCAAUAUUAAAACGAUCACGAUGGGUCAUCAAUGUAGAGUAAUCUCAUUGGGUGGUCUCCAUAAGACUAAGUUCAUCUCUGUAUUGCGUGACCACCUCAACAGGUUAUCAUAACACAAGAUCCCGUGAUGACAAUCCCAUCAACACACUGUCACUUAUACAUUACACCUUGCUGCGUAUAUUUUAAGUGUUUAUGAAUUAGUUAGCUUUAUUAAAUUAGUUAAAUGAAUAAAAAUGUAUUAAAAGUUA